GGCUCGCACCCCCCACCCGCCCCCUCGCCCCCCUAGCCUCGACCAAAGGGCGCUCAGGGAGAGGCCCCGCGACCCCGGGAACGGCGCCAGGACCAUGCGCAUCCAUCGGCGCGCGCCACUCCACCUCGGACCGACGCCGCGAGAGAUCGAGACAUGUGCUCCCCCCGGCACCUCCACGCUCCGCCGCGCCUGGCGGCCCGGAUCAAGGCGUCAAACCCGAUCGUGAGGGAGGCUCUGGCUGAGUUCCUCGGCACGUUCGUGCUCAUCGUGUUCGGAUGUGGUUCCGUGGCUCAGGUGGAGCUGAGCCACCACUCCGCCGGAGAGACUCUCACCAUCAACCUCGCCUUCGCAUUUGGGGUGGUCAUGGGCGCUUACCUAUCCUGGGGCAUCUCAGGUGCACACCUGAACCCCGCCGUCUCCUUCUCCAUGUCGCUCAUCGGACGCUUUCACUGGUGGAAGCUGCCCAUUUUCUGCCUCGCUCAGUUCCUGGGCGCGUUCACAGCAGCCGCCACCGUCUACGGCCUCUACCACGAGGCCCUCAUGGCGUUCAACGGUGGGAACCUGACGGUGACCGGCCCCGGCGCCACGGCCGCGAUCUUCGCCACCUAUCCCUCGGAACACCUGUCCAUCGCCGGUGGCUUCCUUGACCAGGUGCUGGGUACGGCGCUCCUCCUGCUGUGCGUGAUGGCGCUGCUGGACCCCAAGAACAACGCGGUGCCGCGCGGCCUCGAGCCACUGCUCGUGGGGCUCGUGGUGCUCGUCAUCGGCCUCUCCAUGGGCUUCAACGCCGGCUAUGCCAUCAACCCCGCGCGCGACCUCGGCCCCCGCGUCUUCACCGCCAUGGUCGGAUACGGCAGCGAAGUGUUCACGAUGGGGCCCCACUGGUGGUGGGUCCCCGUAGUGGCCCCCCUCGUGGGGGGCCCGCUGGGCACAAUGUGCUACAUAUUCUUCGUGGACCUGCACCACCCCGCCCCGCCGGAGCUGUCCACCGGCAAAGCCAAGUCGCUGGUGACCAGCGACAGCGAGCACGCCAAGGCCAACUAUGCCGUGGUGGUGAAGAUGGAGCAGCAGGCAUAGCCGGGCAUGCGGGUGGACCCUCUGGUCACCCAAUCUACCUGGAAGCGAUCAGGUGUACCUGGAGGUCACCAGGUGUACCUGGAGGUCACCAGGUGUACCUGGAGUUCACCAGGUCUACCCGGAAGUCACUAGGUCUACCCAGAGGUCACCAGGUGUACCUGGAGGUCACCAGCAUACAAGUAGCAUACAACACCGUAGAUUUUAAGUUUUUACUGUCACCUAUUCAGCUUUAAAUGACGACGUGGAAAUAUUCCACCCCGGGUGUUUUCACCAACCGCCCACUGGUGUCCCCGUCGAGAUUCGCUGGGGCCCCAUGAGUAGACGAGGUCACCGCACCCAAGCGCAAGCGCUGUCAUUGUAGAAUCACGAAUUUGUCCAGAUUUAGGGCUCUAUUUAAAUGCACAUUGUAGGCGCAUCGCAAAAAAACAUACAGCCCCCGUACGACGAGAAUGUAUUGUUUGUAUUAUCGCAAUUUCCAGAGUGUAUAUUUUCUUUUAACUGGAUAAAUUCGACUUUUGUUAAAUAAAUGAUUGUGUGCAUAAGCGCCGUGGUG